UGCCCUCCUUUUCCCACCUUUUUGCCGCAGGUUUUAAUCAAACUCGGCAGCUUUCCGAAAUGCACGAACAAAACCCUCUUCAGGUGCAGUUCGCAUCUCCGAACCAGCGAGAGCGUCGACUCCCACUCGUGCUAAUCCAUGACGGAGGCGGCACAACCUUUACCUACUUCCUUCUUGACAGCUUACACCGUGACGUUUGGGCCAUCCAUAACCCCCACUACCAUACGGGGGAAGUGUGGCCGGGGGGCAUGGUGGAGAUGGCGCGCCAUUACAUCGGCCUGAUGCUCAUGGCUGGUCUCAGUGGCCCCAUCUUGCUAGGAGGGUGGUCUCUUGGGGGUCUUCUUGCGCUCACGAUAUCUCAGAUACUCGCUAAACGCCCUCGGUCAAAAAUCUCAGUCGCCGGACUCUUAUUUGUCGAUUCCCCACAUCACACCCCUUGGUCCGAACUGGCGAUCCCUACGUCAAAGCCCGACCUUGGUAAGGUCCCAGAGCUUGUGCAAAGGUCCUUCGAUAACUGCCAGGGUCUUCUAGACACAUGGAAGCUUCUCCCUUGGGAUAGGCCUACAUGUGGGGGUAACAGCGUAUAUGUGACCGUUGCCGACGAGCAAUUUCAUUUACGUAGCGACGAGGUCAUUUACAAACCCACCCGUGGUCACUGGCGGACCAUGGAGACGCGAAUGUUUGAUGGGAUACAUAUGCUGUCGCGUCAGCCUAUUUCCCCUCCACCUGCCGUUCUUAUCAAGUGCGUACAACAUGUGCCAGCGCAGGGAAGCGCGAAAGAUCCGUGUCAGGUGGAUUUGUUCCGUGAUGAGCCUCUGCUGGGUUGGGAGGGUCACCACCCGGAAUUCAUCAAAGCUGUCAUCGAAGCGGACGCACACCAUUACAACAUAUUUCAAUUUCCCAACAUCACACAAGUCACGAAGCAACUUAAUGAGGGGCUAGAAAUCCUUGAUAGCCUUCGUGUUCUGGAGCCUGAGAUCAAGGGUAACGCCUAGGCGUGUUGCCAUGAUUUCUCUGUAGGAAAACAGUAGUCAGGGGAGAUUGGAACCACACUCCAGAAGAACUAAUAGAUAUCUAUGUGCUGUGGCGAUGAUAUGCAGGAUAGUGUAAUGUCAGUAGAUCAAGUGUGUACAAUCGGCUCUACCUAGGACUUCUCUCACAUAAGUGCGAUCCACAAUCAUCGGAGCAGAUUGUUGCUUCCACCAUGAAUUGUUUCUGUUUCGCAGCUUGUUUGAUCCUGACAGAUUAUAUUUUGACGGCCUAAGAACAAAACGACCCGGGAAAAUGGAAAGACUUGACAAGCACUGUAUUUCUUACAUGUUCCAUCAAAACGGGGAACUCGUUACUUGUUGAAGCAGGAGUACUCAAAAAAAGAAAAGAAAUAAAACACUGCGGCGAUUCAUCAAACGCAGGCCUUUGUCUGUCGCUACAACCAACAUCUUGCGCACCUAGGAGUUAUGUUAC